CGUUUGUAGGCAAAAUCGGCUGCAAAAAGCUUUCUCAUUUCUGUUUAGUGUAUUAUAGGCGAGUUCGUGUUCGAUUGCCUUAGCAGCUGGUUGGUCAGUUCUCGCGUACACCAGAUAUACCCAAUCGAGGAUAAUAAGGUUUUAGUUGGAGUUGUAAAGUGUUUUGACAAAAUGACCGCAGAUAUAAAUAAAGGCCCGCUCCUCGGCCAGCGUCAUCUACAAGUAUUCCUGCUAUUCACCUCGAUUGUGGUGAAUUAUGUUGCUAAAUUUAACGCCAGUGUUGCUGUUGUUGCUAUGACGAAUGCCGAAACGACAAAUCCUAACUUUCCGGAAUAUGAUUGGACCGAUAUGCAGAAGUCAUAUAUUCUGUCGAGCUUCUUUUGGGGUUAUUUCAUCACGCAAUUUCCCGGUGGUUAUCUAUGUCGACGUUUCGGCGCUAAACGCACUAUGCUUCUCUCAACACUAGGCUCCUCAGUUAUGGGCCUAUUGCCGCCAUUGUGUGUCAGUUGGGGCGGUUGGGGUAUCUACUGUGGCAUACGUGUUGUUCAAGGCUUCUUUCAAGGUUUUAUGUUCCCCUGUGUGCAUGCGCAUCUCGCAGCCUGGUGUCCGGUGAGCGAACGCAAUCGAUUGGGCGCGUUAGCCAAUACGGGCAUUGAAUGCGGUACGUUACUUUCUAUGUUCAUAAGCGGUCUAAUCGCGGCCUCUAGCAUCGGUUGGCCGGGUCUGUUUUACGUCGGCGGUGGCAUGGGUUUAGUUUGGUGUGUCGCGUGGAUUUUCUUAGCUGCCGAUGAACCGAAUCAAUCGAAAUUUAUCACAACCGAAGAACUCAAUUAUAUUAAUGCCGAAAAGAAUGUCACCAAGGAAUUAGAGGCGGGCGAAGUGCCGCGUAAGGUACCAGUGCCAUGGCGUGCCAUUUUAACAUCCCUGCCAUUAUGGGCUUUAGUAAUUGCACGUUCGGCGCAAUCAUGGGGUUUCUCGACGCUACAAGCAGAAAUUCCCUCUUAUAUGAAAGGUGUACUUAAUAUGGACAUGAAGAAAAAUGCUCUCUAUUCGGCGCUGCCUUAUUUGGCUAUGUGGUGCAUGUCCUAUGUGUAUCUGAUUGUGUCGGAUGUGCUGCUCAAUCGUAAUCUACUCUCGCUCACUGCUAUACGUAAGACAUUCAACUCAUUGGCACUGUGGGGUCCAGCUGUGGGUCUGAUUGCUGUUGGCUUUUUGAAUGUGGAUCAAAAGACCUUGGCCAUAGUGCUAAUGACUGCUAAUGUGGGUAUAAAUGCGGGUUCGACCAUCGGCAGCGCUUUGAAUACCAUCGAUCUGUCACCGAAUUAUGCGGGAAUUCUCAUGGGUAUUGUGAAUUCAGCGGCUAAUGUGAUACCGAUACUCACGCCACUGCUGGUUGGUGUGUUAGUUACAGAGGAACAUAGCCGCACUCAAUGGCAGAUAGUGUUCAUCAUAUCUUCGGUCAUUUUCUUCUCCGGUAAUUUGUUCUACCUAGUCUUCGGCAGAAUGGAACUACAGCCUUGGGACAAUCCGGAUUUCUUGCGGUCUAAAAGCGUGUUUGACGUCAAACCACCAGCGGAAAAGAGUGAGAAGUCGGUGAUGCAGCAAAAAGCACGAAGUGUGGAACCCGAAAAAGCAGCAAGUGUACUUGCGUGAAAAGAACUGCCGGUAGUUUAAAGUGUGUUUAUGUAUGUAAAUAUGUUAAUAUAGAGUUAGUUGUAACGAAUAAUGGUAAAUAUUAUAAGACAAAAAUAUAUCAAUUUGAAAAAAAAAAUCUGUUUUUUUGUCG